UAUAUAUAUAACUUGUACAUAGUUCAUAACUUACAUUGUUCUUCAUUUUAAUUAAGAUAACAAGAUUAAAUUUUAAGGAUGGCAAGAAUUGGCAAAGGAAUUCAAUCAUGUCUAUCCUGGAUUCAUCAAAGAGAUGGUAGGGUGCCAUCAAAUGCAAUUGAUGCAGGUCAUGCUGUUUAUAUUGCUCGUAUAUAUCAUUCUGGCGAUCUAAUUCCUGGUAAAGUUGUACCACAUUUGGGCAAAGCUUAUGUUAGUUAUGAUGGAACAGAAUAUGAAUUCGAUUCAUAUGAGGUAUUAUGUGAUACAAAAUUACCACAUGGUCCCCAACAGUGUUACAAAUGGGAACGACAUAGUAAUGGAUAUGUUCCUAAAUAUGCCGUUGUUGGAGGUAUCACUUCUUCUAAUGAACCACUUUAUAUAGCUCGAGAAUAUAUUAAUGGUGAACGCGUAGUUGGAAAAGUUCAUGAAAGUCAUGAAUGCGCUUAUUUCCCUUAUGGUGGUCAAGAAAGAAAAAUGCAUCAUUAUGAAGUUCUUGUAUUAAUUAAAUGAUUACAAAAACGAAAAGUAAAAGAGAAAAAUACAGACAAUACCCAAACCACAAUUAUCGUAAAUUGAACUUUUUUUCACUUUUAGAAUAAAAAAACCAAUCUUAAUUAGCUUCAUUUAUUAUUUCAUCAAUUCUUAUUCAGGAUUUUUGUUACUAACCGAUUAUUGACUAUUGAAAAAUACCUACAUUUUUAAAAAAACCCAAAUGAUAAUCAUGUUUUCCGAACAAAAUCUAUUUGUCAUAAUUAUUUUUCUUAUUAAAUUCAUAUAUAAGAAUAGUAUAAUCUGUU